AUGGUCGUCGCUAUCGAUGGCAGUACCUACAAGUAUCAUCCGUUUUUCAACCACUGGGUCACGGAAAAAAUCAGGGAACUCAUCGAUCCAGGACUUGAAUUCAAAAUCGUUCAAACCGGUGACGGCAGCGGCAAGGGAGCUGCUUUGAUAGCCGCAAUCGUAACUCGAGUGAAGAUGCGUGAGGAGAAGCGGAAAAAGGACGAGGAGGCACGACUGGCCAGGGAGGCGGCACUUCUAGAGAAGGAGCGCCAAAUGGAGUUGGAGCGACAGCGAAGGCUAGCCGAGGAGCGGGAACGGGACAGAAUAGCUGACGAGGAGCGAGCGAGGAGGUUGACCGAGCUGUUCUCCUAUGGCGAGGAUCGAGUAAAAGAGGAAGAGGGUGUAAUGUAA